CAAGUGUACCCCGUCUCUCCCCUUCUCCUCCCCUCUCCCCUCCAGAACCCCCAGGACUGCUCCAAGGCCAGGAAGCUGGUGUGUAACAUCAACAAGGGYUGUGGCUACGGCUGCCAGCUGCACCACGUGGUCUACUGCUUCAUGAUCGCCUACGGCACCCAGCGKACCCUCAUCCUGGAGUCCCAGAACUGGCGCUACGCCACGGGCGGCUGGGAGACCGUCUUCCUCCCAGUCAGUCAGACAUGCACCGACCGCACCGGGGUCACCACCGGACAUUGGUCAGGUGAGGCUAACGACAGAGACAUUCAGGUGGUAGAGUUACCCAUCGUUGACAGUCUCCACCCCCGCCCCCCCUACCUGCCCCUGGCCAUUCCCGAGGACCUGGCCCAGCGCCUCCACCGGCUCCAUGGAGACCCGUCCGUGUGGUGGGUGUCUCAGUUGGUCAAGUACCUGAUCCGGCCCCAGGCCUGGCUGGAGAAAGAGAUCCAGGAUACCACCGCCAAACUGGGCUUCAGCCACCCCAUCAUAGGGUACCCAGACUAUGAGUUCAUCAGUGAUAACUCCAUCUCGUGGUCUGUGUGUGUCUCAGGGAUCCAUGUGCGCGGAUCAGAUAAACUCGUGGUCUGUGUGUGUCUCAGGUACCCAGACUAUGAGUUCAUCAGUGAUAACUCCAUCUCGUGGUCUGCGGGGCUACAUAACCGCUACACUGAAAAUUCACUGAGAGGAGUCAUCCUGGACAUUCACUUCCUGUCACAGACCAACUUCCUGGUCUGCACCUUCUCCUCACAGGUGUGUCGUGUGGCAUAUGAGAUCAUGCAGACCCUCCACCCGGAUGCCUCGUCUCACUUCCACUCCCUGGAUGACAUCUACUACUUCGGUGGCCAGAACGCCCACAACCAACUAGCCGUGUACGCCCACCAGCCCCGCAGCCCCGACGACAUCCCCCUGGAGCCCGGCGACCUGAUCGGGGUGGCGGGGAACCACUGGGACGGCAACUCCAAGGGCAUCAACCGCAAGACGGGCCGUACCGGCCUCUACCCGUCCUACAAGGUGAAGGAGAAGAUCGAGACCAUCAAGUAUCCUACGUACCCCGAGGCAGACAAGAUGUUGAAUGCAGACUGAGAUUGCAGACUGAAGAUGCAGACGAGAUGCAGACUGCGAUACAGACUGAGAUGCAGACUGAGAUGCAG